AUGUUGACGUUUAUCUUACAAGCUAAAGCUGAGCUACAUAAUGUGGCGAAAGUGCAACCAGUUGACAAUGAAAUUUAUCCUCAUGAUUAUAAAUUCAAAUUCCAAUGUAAUGGGUGCAAGACAUUACAUCCAAACCCAGUGCAAAUUAAUCGAUUCGAUACAUUUCAAGUGACGGGGUUCCGUCGGUUAGCCAACAUUCUAAUAAGGUGCAAAGCAUGCCAAAGAGAACGGUAUGCUAUUAUUUCAAAAGUUGGAAAUGGUUGUAUUGAAAAUAAAAGUGAUGUUGAUGAUACUGACUACUGUGAUAUUUUAAAGAUUACUACUCAUGGAAUGCGGAUUUUGGAGUUUGUUCCUGACGAUCAAUUUGAAUGUGUUACAAGCUAUGGUACUUUGGUUCAAGGUAUUGGGUUAAUAGAAGGGGAGUGGGAAGACGAAGAUGAAGAAGUUGGUGGGUUGAAGAUUCUGAAUGUUGAAUGGAAUUUGAAAAUGGUUUCUGAGAAGGAUCUAAAGUAUAAAUAA